UGAAAAGUACUAAAAAUCCCUUACCGCAUUGAGAUUUUCUAAAGUACGUGUCCAAAUUCGAGGCGAGCAUGGGUACAAAUUUUGUUAUUUAUCUGGCUUUAAGCGCAUUGCUUUUUGCAUUUACGGCAAAAGCGGAGAUAGUUAACACAAAUGUGGAGAGAACGCUGGACUUAACUUCGCAGCUGGUGAAAGCCACAACGAAGAUUUCGGCGGAAGACUCAGCCGGCAAACCCAUUGCCGAAUACGUGUUUUUCACAUCGGAGCCCAGCCUUGCGUACAUAUCGGUGAAAGAUAACGCCGACAGGAAUGUCCAGAUCAAGACCAAUGAGCCGGUGAAGGGUGAGCAGAGCUUCACGUUCACCUUCCCUAUGGCCUCCGCAAAGCAGACCUUCGUGGUCGAGACCGUGGCCUCCAAGAGCAUCCUCCCACAUCCCGAAGAAAUCAAGCAGAACGAUAAGCAGUUUGUGAAAUAUGUGGGCAACCUGCACCUCUAUUCGAAGUACAAGACCAACAGCCAGAAAACCAAUGUCAAGCUCAGCUCCUCGAACAUUUUGUCGCACACCCAGGUCAAGCCUUUUUCGGUGUCCUCCAACAAGAUCACCCUGGGCCCCUACGAAAACGCUGAAGCCUUCAGCCAGGAGGCUCUGGUUAUCCACUAUGAGAACUCGUCGCCUUUUGUCACCGUCAAUUACUUGGAGCGCAUCCUGGAGAUCUCCCAUUGGGGCAACAUUGCCGUCCAGGAGUCCAUUCAGAUGACCCACACCGGUGCCAAGUUGAAGGGAUCGUUCUCGCGCUACGAUUUCCAGAAGGAAGGUCGCUCUGGACUGGCGGCCCUUAAGUCGUACAAGACCUAUUUGCCAGCAUCUGCAUCUGGAGUCUACUACCGCGACACAAAUGGCAACAUUUCUACCUCCAACAUGAACUCUGUGCGGGACUUUAUUGAACUCGAGCUGCGUCCUCGCUUCCCGCUCUUUGGCGGCUGGAAAACCCAGUACACUCUCGGUUACAAUGUUCCCUCGUAUGAGUACAUGUUCAGCGAUGGCAACAAGUACCAGCUGAAGAUGAACUUGAUCGAUCACAUCUACGAUAAUAUGGCCAUCGAUGAAGCCACUAUUAAGAUUAUUCUGCCCGAGGGAUCCAGCGACAUUAAGCUCUCGACGCCCUACUCGAUAAGCAGGCUGCCCAACGAACUGGUGCACACCUAUCUGGACACCACUGGUCGCCCGGUGGUAUCUUUCUCCAAAUCCAAUUUGGUAGAAAGUCAUAUUUCUGACUUCACACUGUACUAUAGCUUCUCGAAAAUUUCCAUGCUGCAGGAACCUCUGCUGGUUACCGGCUUUAUUUAUAUAAUUUUUGUGGCCACUAUUGUCUUCUUACGUUUGGACUUUUCAAUUACGUCCCACGCGCAUAAAGAAUAAGUAAAUCAUACAAUUUCCAACUUAAUUAUUCUCAUCACUAAAAAACGAUAAAAAGGAUUUAAAAUAAUAUUUUUCAAAACCAAACGAAAUAAAUGAAAGCUUGCACUUAGUGGCAAGAAAACAAUCCUUAA